AUGGCCAAUCAAAGAUAAUAGGUCGAUCAGCUUAAGUACGCUCUCUGGUUAGCAAUCAUGUAGAGUAUAUUUCAAAUAUCGAUAUUAGAUAAAAACGAAUAAAUAGUGUAAUUUUUUAAUUCCCCAAAAAUCGAAAUUAAUGUUAAUAUCGCCUUAACAAACCAAGGCAUAACAGCUCUGCAUUAGGCAGCAAGCAAUGGGAAUUUGAAUUUGGUUCAAUUUUUAGUGGCAAUCUAGAAGGCCGACAUUGAUCAACAGGACUUACUUGGAAGAACUCCGCUUCAUUUCGCAUGUGCAAUUGGCAAUCUUGCAAUAGUGGAUUAUUUAAUUCAAUCAAAGGCAUCACCCAAUAUUCAAACAAUUGGAGGAGAAUCACCAAUAAUGAAAGCGGCCCAGUUUCAUCAAUCGCAAUUAUUAUCCUAAUUAAUUCAAACACAUUCUGAUAAAAUCAAUUGGAAUCUAGUUAAUAAAUUUGGACAUAAUGUUUUGCAUAUAUUUCGAAUUUCUUGUGUAAAUUCUUUGGAGAAAUAAAAUUAAAUUUAUGCACCAAUAAAUGAUGUGAUGGUUGAAUUGAUGGCAUUGAUUUCAGCUGAAGGACAAUAAACAAAUUAAUGA